AUUUUUUUUUUAAUAUUUUGCAGUUUCCGCCCCUUGUGAGAAGCGAACAUUAUCGAGUGCCAAACAAUAAACGACGAAGAUGGCCGUUCGUUCCCAUCAGAUUCAGGCGCUUUUUGCGCGCCGUCGAGAAAUCGAACAUGAGCGCAUUGAGCGCACGGCUGCAGUUAAUCGUUAUUACGACCAUUGGGGCAAAGUGACGACUCGCUACGAAAACUGGACCAAGCCGGAGUACUACAAGAAUGCGGAAGAGCAGCUAAAGCAACGUCGCGAGAAGCGUGAAAAGGAGCAACAAACGUCUCAACGUCGCGAACGUUUGCGCGAACUCUUCGAAAAGGAGAAGGCUAUGUAUGAAAAAGAGUUGCUUGCACGCGAUAGGCCCCGACCACGCAAGAUUAACGCAACCAACGAACAAUUGCAGAAGAUUGAGCAAAAUGAGAGAGAGCGUGAGAAUAUCAAGCGUAAACUGGAUUUGGAGGCUAAGUUGUACGGGCGUUGGCGUCAUGGCGUAGACGAUGACAAUGUUUUGUUCGAAUCAAAGUCCAGCAAUGAGACGCUAGCCAAACUCAAUUGGCUGGAUAAGAAAAUCGAAGAACAGUUGAAUCGUGAGCGUGAAGAAGCAGUGACACAAGAACGAAAUUUGCGUUUACAGGAGGAGAUCAAUCGUACCGAGCAGGUGCAAAGAGAACGUCAACUGAUACGUGAAAAGGAGAUCAAAGAGAUACGUGGAUUGCAGGAGAAGCAUAUGGAGGAAUUGAAGCGGCGCCAGCUAGAGGCGGACGAAUUAAAGAAGGAGGAGCAGCUUUUGCGCACGUGUCUGGCUGAUUUGGAAAAAGAGUUGGAGUUAUUGGAGGAGAGCUGUACGUUAGUGGCGGACAUAACUGACGUGUCGCAGGCAUAUAAUUUGAAAAAAAUCAAAGUUUACAUACGCAAAAGGUCCGAGGCAUUCUGCAAUCAGAUCAAACUCUGCAUAAGCGUAUUAGAGCGGCUGAACGCUUACACUACACGCAACGAAACCGUUAAGAAUCUAUUGAACAAAUACAAAGAGCACUUGGAGGCGUCGGCAUUCACACUCUCACAAGUCGAAGCCAUGUACGAAUCGGAGGCAAAGUACAACAUGCAACGUCUUGAGUCCGCAUGGCAACAACAGCAUUUGGAACGUUACCAUGAAGUAAAGCAACUGCUGAGCGAUGAGCGUUGCACGUUUGGCGCGCGUAUCAGCGAAAAUCUUCAGCGUCAAACAGAUGCUUAUGAAGUGCGCUCCACCCACCUCUCGGCUCUCGAGAGUUCCAACGAGAAGCUAAAGCAAUUAAUAGCAGAGGAACAGCAAUCGCCACGCAGCGCCGGUUGUAAUUCCACACCGCAGCUGUGCGACGUUGAUACUUGUGGCGAUGGCGCAGAUCGCGCUUCAGUGGCUGAUGACAACGUAAGCAUUGCACAACUCAUGCCGAGCAAUUCACGCAUAGCGAGUGCUCCCAAUUCUGCGACACGUUUCGGGCGCCGCAAAUGCACGCCUGCCGAACUGCCCAAAGUGGUCAACUCUUUCACGAAUUUGAACCUGGACGUUUGGCAGGACUUGCCGGCAGCGCGCCACGAUAUCGACACAGCGCGCUUGGACACGCAACGAUCGCUGUGCGCAGUCACACCGGAAUCGUCAGCCCGUCCAAAGUUCGCGCGAAAACGCGUAGCCUGGACAUGAGCCGCACGAUUUUUCUGCAUAUCAACUGAGUUUAAGAAUUUGUUAGUAAAGAUGCAUUUUCGUAAUUUUUGUGAGUCGUAGUUUUAGAACAUAUUUCCAUAAGCAUUUUCACAAAAUUUUGCAUAAAUUGAAGAAAAAUUACAUAAUUAUCAAAUUUGCAUUAUU